AUCAACCAAUCAGAACCGGGUCAUGACUUCGCUCGGCCUCCGGACCAUCCAUUCUAGCAUCAACCAUGGCUGAGGCAGCUACGGUUCUCCGGUCCAAGGGGGCUGUGGAAAACUUCGUAAAAACUUUGGAGGAAACUACACGUACCAAGUACAUCGUUCAUAAGUCUGACAAGCAUUUCCACGGUACUGCAUGGCAGCCAUCAAAUCCGAUGAGAGUGCGAUGGGAGUGGAGUCAUGAAAGUGCCCAAAAAACGGCCAGUAUCCCCUUUGAUGGGGUGCCUUUUGUUUUCAUUGCCUAUCAGCAUUUGGGCUGUCACCUGGGGAGAGACAGGUCCAGACAGCAGAAGAUGAGAUAUGCUGUGGCGAAGCAGAAGGAGUUCAAUCAGAAGAACAGACGUCUUAUUAAGACCACGAAGAAGCUCGGGUGUCCGGCAGUGCUCAACAUUUCAAGGAUUGCCAAAUUCCCUGAUUAUAAGGUGGCAGAUAACAAGGACAGUCAACGGAGGAAAAUGGUAACAAAACUCAAGGAGGAUGUGAAGAAUGAUCCCUCCUCUGUCCGCUGGGAGGAUUUCUUCUAUGUGCGGACCCCUGCCAUCGAAGACCAUGUUGGCCACCCUUUGUGUGGACAGGAUGCCGGUAUCCAUGAACCUGUGGAUGAACGUGUGAAGAGCCACAUCAUAGAACUCACCAAAAGCGGGGUGAGACGAGUGAGCGAGAUGAGACAGCACUCUAGACAGUUUGUGGAGAGACACCUCUUCAAGGACGAAAGGCCGCCAUCACCUACAAGAAGAAGGUUCUACCCCACCGAUAAAGAUAUCCGCAACCUGAUGGGGAAGGCUAAAGAAUCAGUGAGGCACUCCAGUAUUGAUCAGGAGAAUCUACAGCCUUUUCGGCCACUCGCAUCAGCCGCCGCCAGCCAACCACCAGCCGAGGCACCGGCCGCCAGCAGCCAAUCACCAGCGGAGGCACCACCGGCCACGAAAGCCCUCAGGAGGGAGUGCAUCGGACAUCUCAAGGCUAUAAUGGAUUACGUGAACCUUAUAAAAGAUGACACAUACCUGAAGGAACUAAGAAACACUAUCAAGGACCUGCACGGUCAGGUUGCGUUGCAGGCGCCGGUGGAAGCGGGACCGCUCUUGCUGCCGGAGGCGACAAAAAAGAGAAAGGCGAUUCCCUCGAACGCCGUACCGCUGCCAAAGCAGCCAAAAGAACACGCUUAUGCUAACAGAGGGGAUGAAAAGGCUGAAAUGAUAAAGAAUUAGACUCCUCCCACCCACAUCUUUUGAAAUAAAAAAAGAUGUGCCUACUAUUUGUAUUUAAAGCUAAAACA